CUGGCAAGUCCAUUCCACCCCCAGUAGUUAUUAAUUUCAGAACACAUCUGAAUUCCUUCUCUGUGGCAUAUGCUUCAGGAGAGGAGCAGACAGCUCUUGACCAGGGUCAGAUUUCAAAUUCUUAUCUCUUGGUACCAAUUCCACUGCCAGUUCUUGGCAGUUAACUUUUGAAAUCUGCCUUGAGUACGACUUGGUGUCUGAAGAUCAGCAUAUUACCUGUGGUCCUCAUCUUCAGGGAAUCACAAUCCUUCUUCUCAGGAAAACAUCUGCUGUACAGAACUUUGCUUUUGGAAACAUCCUCUUGCUAAGACCUGGUUGAAAGCAACGUUCCAGCAUCAUACUUCCCAGCAUGGAGGCAAAGAGCUUCAGUGUUUGGGAUUAUGUUGUAUUUUCAGCCCUCUUUGUCAUUUCCUGUGGAAUCGGAAUAUUCUUUGCCAUUAAGGAGAGAAAAAAGGCAACAUCUCGGGAGUUCCUGGUAGGGGGAAGGCAAAUGAGCUUUGGCCCUGUAGCUUUAUCUCUGACGGCCAGUUUCAUGUCAGCUGUCACUGUCUUGGGGACACCUUCCGAGGUCUACCGCUUUGGGGCAUCCUUCAUUCUUUUCUUUAUUUCAUAUACAUUUGUCAUCAUUUUUACAUCAGAGCUCUUUCUCCCUGUGUUCUACAGAUCUGGCAUCACUAGCACUUACGAGUAUCUACAACUACGAUUCAAUAAAGUGGUUCGCUAUGCAGCAACUGUCAUCUACAUUGUGCAGAUGAUUCUCUACACAGGUGUGGUGGUGUACGCUCCCGCCCUGGCACUCAAUCAAGUGACUGGGUUUGAUCUCUGGGGCUCUGUGUUUGCAACAGGAAUUGUUUGCACAUUCUACUGUACCCUGGGAGGAUUAAAAGCAGUGGUGUGGACAGAUGCGUUUCAGAUGAUUGUCAUGAUUGUGGGCUUCUUAACAGUUCUCAUUCAAGGAUCGGCUCACAAUGGUGGAUUACAAAAUGUAUUAGAGCAAGCAAGCAAUGGAUCCCGACUUCAUAUAGUUGAUUUUGAUGUAGAUCCCCUCCGGCGGCACACUUUGUGGACAAUAUCAGUGGGAGGAACUUUUACAUGGCUCGGAAUCUAUGGAGUUAAUCAAUCAACCAUCCAGCGAUGCAUCUCUUGCAAAACAGAGAAGCAUGCUAAGCUUGCCUUGUACUUUAACUUGUUGGGUCUCUGGAUCAUUCUGGUGUGUGCUGUCUUCUCUGGAUUGAUCAUGUACUCCCACUUCAAAGACUGUGAUCCUUGGACUUCUGGUAUGAUCUCAGCACCAGACCAGCUGAUGCCUUAUUUUGUUAUGGAGCUCUUUGCCACAAUGCCAGGACUUCCAGGACUUUUUGUGGCUUGUGCCUUUAGUGGAACAUUGAGUACUGUGGCUGCCAGCAUCAAUGCCCUAGCAACAGUGACCUUUGAGGAUUUUGUCAAGAGCUGUUUUCCCCAUCUCUCUGACAAGCUGAGCACCUGGAUCAGUAAAGGCUUAUGUCUCUUAUUUGGCAUCCUGUGCACCUCCAUGGCUGUGGCCGCAUCUCUCCUGGGGGGCGUUGUACAGGCUGCCCUCAGCAUCCAUGGAAUGUGUGGGGGACCAAUGCUGGGUUUAUUCUCUUUGGGACUUGUGUUCCCUUUUGUGAACUGGAAGGGUGCACUAGGAGGCCUCAUUACUGGAAUCACUUUAUCAUUUUGGGUGGCCAUUGGGGCCUUCAUUUACCCUGCACCAGAUUCUAAGACAUGGCCUUUGCCACUAUCAACAGAGCAGUGUUUUCAAUCAAAUGUGACGACAGCAGCACCUCCAGAGCUAUCUAACAGGCCCACCAUUGCUGAUACCUGGUACUCACUCUCCUACCUUUACUACAGUGCUGUGGGCUGCUUAGGAUGCAUUAUUGCUGGAGUAAUCAUCAGCUUCAUAACAGGUCACCAAAGAGGCAAGGAUGUUGACCCACUCUUAAUUAGACCAGUUUGCAAUUUAUUUUGCUUUUGGUCUAAGAAAUAUAAAACUCUGUGCUGGUGUGGAGUUCAGCAUGACCGUGGGACAGAGCAGGAUAACCUUGAGAAUGGCGGUGCCUGGAAACAAGGGGCUGAAUCUGUCUUGCAGAAUGGACUCCAGCAAGAAGGCCUGACUCAUGUUCCAGGAUAUGACCCCAAGGAAAAAAGUCAUGACAAUAUGGCAUUAGAGAAGAUGACCUAUUUUUAGGACAAUACAUGCAAGCGUGUACAUAUACACGAAAACACACACACACACACACACACACACAUACACACACACACUUCUUGCCUAAUGUUAGUAGAGAUGUAUAGCAGUCAUUAUUAGAAGAAAAGGCUGCUCAAUAUCUAUUUAUACUUAUUUAUACAAAUGAAAUGACUGUUCCCUAGGACAUUCUUUGCAGAUCCCCAGUUUGAAGUUACAAAAAAUCAGCAAUGCUCUACAUGCCCGGGGAUUUCCUUCUUUAAUAAAUUAGGACUAGAUUUCAUCAUAGUGGAAGGAGUCAAAGAAUAUGAUUUGUGUCAUAUAAAACUUCAGGUUUUUGUGUUUAUUUUGUUCUCUGUGUGUGUGUGUGUGUGUGUGUGUGUGUUAGAGAUUGAACACAGGGCCAUGUUCAUGCUAAACACCUGUUCUACCACAGUGCUAAACCCCCAGCCUAUUUUUUGUAGUUUUAACCAUCAAUAUCUUAGAGCUAUAGAAGCAGAAUGGGAAAAGGGAAUCUGCCUAGUAAAUGCUACCCUGACACUGUUGGUAAAAUGAGAAUGAUGUUGUUUGCAACCUCAUGCCUCACAUAUAUGUAGACAAAUUUUAAAACCCACCCCACAUCUGAUAGCUCUAGUGGAACACUUAAAUGCGACAAGCAUCCUCCUACUGCCACAUUUGAGCCUCUUUUAGUCAUUACCACUACUAGAGCUGUCUGACCAAACUUUAAAGAAAAUACUACAAAGCACAGAAAGGAGACAAGGGUGUCUGAUCAGUGGGAGCAGUUAUAACUCAAUGCUGUCUUCCCUUCAUGGUGCAGGGAUUUGUUUCUUCUUCCUUUCCAUCACCUUACAAACACAAAUUGAUUCUGCACAUAACAAGAAGUCUGGAGUUUUUCUCUAAGAUAAGGUCAGGAGAAAAAGAGCAUCUUUUUGAUAUAAGGGUUUUUUUUUUUUUUGUUCUUUAUAUAUUUUGGAUAUUAAUUCCCUGUCAGAAGAAUAGCUGGCAAAGAGCUUCUUCCAUCCUGAAAGUUAUUCUCUACACACUCUUGUUCCUUUUGCCGUUCAGAAGCUUUUUCAUUUGAUGCCACCCCAUUUAUUGGUUCUUAGUUUUAUUUCUUGAGCAUUAGGAGUUUGUUAAAGAAGUUGGUACCUAUGCCAGUAUGUUGGAGUGUGUUUUCUUCUAGCAGUUGCUAUGUUCUCUAAUUCCUAGAUCUUUGAAUCCACAUUGACAUGACUUUUGGACAGGAUGAGAUAUAGGGAUCUAAAUAUUUAGUUUUCCCAACAACUUUUGUUAAAAAAGAUAUCCUUUCCCAAAGUAUGUUUUUGGAAACUUGUCAAGUAGAAGAUGACUGUAUCUAUGUGAAUUUGUCUCUGCAUUUUCUAUUCCAUUUCAUUGAUCUUUAUGUAUAUUUUUAUGUGAAUGCAAUGCUGGUCUAGUUUGUUUGUUUGUUUGUUUUUACUAUAGCUCUGUAGCAUAUUGAGGUUUAGUAUUCGGAGACCUACAGAAUCACUCUUCUUGCUCAGGAUUAUUUUGUUUUUCUGGGUCAUUUAUUUUUCCGUAUGAUUUUAGGAUUGUUUUUCUAGUUCUUAAGUAUUUUGAUGGGAUUGCAUUGAACUUGUGUAGUGCUUUUGGUGGCCAUUUUGACAAUAUUAAUUUUUGUCCAUCCAAGAACAUGGAUGUUCCCAUCUUGUAAGGUCUCUUCAAUUUCUUUCUUCAGGCUUCUAUAAUUGUCACAGUAGAAGUUUUUCACCUCCUUGGUUAGAUUUAUUUCCAGAUAAUUUUUGAGGCUAUUGUAAAUGGAUUUUUUUUUUUUUUUUUUGAUUUCUUGCAAAAGUCUGUUAGGACAUCCAGUUCAUAUGUGCUAGCUCACCUUGCUCCAACAGAUGUAAGGACCCAAUAACCAAACUGUAGAAUAUAAUUUUUAAAGUUCUAGAUCAAGAGGGUAAAUCACAGAAAGUGUUUAGCCCUGUGAUUGUCCAUGCAGAACAUCCACUGUUAUUCUGUGGUAUAUUAAGAAAACUGUGUUCAUUUUAAUUUAAAUUAUUUUUUUGUUUCUCUUUGGGAUUUUCAAGAUACUGGCUUAGAAUGUAUAUUGCUACUAUACUUUGAGUAUUAGAAAUGAGAUAAACAUAAGGUAUAAAUUAAAAGUCAUGUCACAAAUUCCCCAAAAGUAGUUUUUCAAAGAAUAGAUAGAAUAUAUUAGAAUUUAACUUAUAUGCCAUUUUGCAGAAAAUAACUUUUCUAAAAGUCCUAAAUUCUUAAAAAUCAAAAUGCUGUUAUGAAGAUGCAUAAGUUUAUUUCUGAAAAUGCAAUAUUCAUAGCUGUGAUUUAUUAAGCCUUACAUUUGUAUAUGUGAGUGUGGAUUAGUAAGCAGCCUCUCAAACCAAAUUUACAGCUCAAUAAUAAUUGCAACUGAUAGUCAAAACAACAACAAAAGAGAAGGGGCUCCUUCUUUGUUUAGAUCAAACUAUUUUCUGAAUAUUAAUUCUAUUAUUCUGUGACUAUACGGGAUAAUAUCAUUUCAUAAAAAGAAAAUACAGGUUACAGGAAUUUCAAACCAUAUUUAAUAGAAAAGAUUACUUAAAUAUUUUACAGCAGUACAAUCUUAAACAUUAUUGCAAUGAUCACAAACAAUAGUCUUUCUUUAAUUGUUUCCUUAGAAAUAAAUUGUCUAAAAAAUUACAAAAAUGUUGACUGUAUAUGUGUACAUUUAUAUAUUUAGAAAUAAUAUGUGCUUAUUUUAAAUAUUGGAAAGUAGCUGGAUUUUGUUAACCACUUUUUUCCAGCAUUAAUAACCUUGUAGUAUAACCUAGUUCCAAACAAUUCAAAUGUAUUUGAAUUAUCGGUGGUACAUAUGAAAAUGAUACAGAAUUCUAAACGAAUCAAUUAUAGCUCAGAGUAAAUUAUCUAAAGGGUUAUUAUUAUUUGUAAUUUUUGGAAACAGAUAAUAUUAUUUCCUUUCUCAUCCAAAAUCCUGAUUUGGUGAAUGUAGUUUGCAAACUCCUACAUGAAUAACAGUCUUCAGUCUACUUUUCCAAUACUGUACUUUGGUAUUUGAAGUAUAGUUACUUUCAGAGGAGAGUUAACUUUCUAUAUAUUUGGUUACUUUAUCAUUACUUGAUCUUUACCUGGAAUAUGAGGCUUUUGUCACAAAUUGGAAAAAUAGCCAUUGGAGGAAAAUGUCAGCAAUGAUAUUCUCUAUAUCAGUAGGAAGUUUCAUAAGUGGAUUUUGCAUUUCAAAAAUAUGCAUCUUUUAAUUUUAGAGUCCUGGAAUACUUCAAAAAAUAGUGGCAUGUUUAUACAAUUAGUUAAUCUUAGGAAAAAAAUUUCUGGAGAAUUAUUUGUAAUUAAGGUAUAUAAUUAUGUUUAUUUUAAAAAUAAAUUCUGGUUGAAGAUCAA